GAGGCGCUGAUGCGGGUAACGAUGGUGACAGGUGUGCGUAAUAAUGAGCAGCCUGACGACCUCGAGUGCUGGAGAGGGAGUAUACUUGACUGUGUCCCCUCCCUGACACGCAGCUCCAGCCGCAGGACACCGACCAGAGGGACAGUCUCGAGGACCAGGAACCGAUCGCUUAUGGUGAGGCGCGGUAACCUGUUGAACCGGCUGAGGCACGGGAACCUGACUAGGAUCCCCUGCUUGCUUUCUACUAUCUCUCUUGUGUCUUUGUGUGUUUAGACCUGCCUGCCUUGGAGUUCACUUCACAGACUUUAAACGCGAACAUGGAACGACCCCUCUACUCACACAAAACGACUGGCCGCAUCAGGCUGCGUUCAGAACAACAGUUCACCUGCGUCUGAAGCUCCGAACACUCUCUGCUCCGUUCGGAACACGACUGUACCCUACCGAAGACAAGUCCCGCUCUUUCUUUCUCAAAGACACGAGCGAUGGAUUCAUUUUUGACAAAUACUGCUGCCCUUCUACUAGUUGGGUUUAUAUCUUCGACUGCUUCCAGACAGUUCGACACUGAAUGUUACACAGCCAAUGGAGGGGACUACAGGGGCUGCCAGAACCAGACGAGCCUCCUUGGGGGCAAGCCAUGCCUCUUCUGGAAUGAGACCUUCCAGCACCCCUACAACACCCUCAAGUACCCGAACGGAGAGGGGGGUCUUGGCAGCCACAACUACUGCAGGAACCCUGAUGGUGACGUCCAGCCGUGGUGUUACAUCGCUGACCAUGAAGAAGGAAUCUACUGGAGAUACUGUGACAUCUCCACCUGUCAGAUGCCAGGUAACCUGGGUUGUUUCAAAGACAGUGGAGACCCUCCCACCCUGACAGGGAGCAGUGAGACCUCCAACAAACUCACCAUCCAGAACUGCAUCAGCUUCUGCCGCAAACAGAGAUACAAGCUAGCUGGGAUGGAGUCGGGUUACGCCUGUUUCUGUGGCAACGACCUGGACCAGCAUCACCAUGGCAAAGCACCCAGUAUGGAGUGCAACCACGUGUGUUUUGGUGACCACACCCAGCCCUGUGGAGGAGAUGGAUGGGUCAUCAUCUUCGACACUCGUGUUGGUGCGUGCGGGGGUAACUACUCUGCUCCCUCUGGGGUGGUCUACUCCCCUGACUUCCCUGAUAAGUACGAGGCAGGGAGGGUCUGCUACUGGACUGUCCAGGUACCUGGAGCCUCCAUGAUCCUGUUCAACUUCACCUUCUUCGACAUCUCGGACCAGACAGACAUGGUGGAAAUGCUGGAUGGCUAUACCACCCAGGUGUUAGCACGGUUCGACGGCCGCAACUCGCCCCGGGAGCUGGUCAACGUCACUGGAGACUUUGCCAUCCUCUACUUCUACUCAGACCACACCAACCAAGCACAGGGCUUCUCUGUCACAUACCAAGCGCUGAGAGGCCUGGACACCAGACCUAUGGAUGAGAAGGAAGAUGAGGACACUAGUACAGUAAAGCCUGAGCUUAACGGCGUAACGGAGAAGUCUAACGGGAGCGAUAACGGACGUUCCUCUCAAAUCCUCUAUGUGAUAACGUCCAGUCCCGGUAAACCGGACCACAACAUGCCAGGUCAGUGGGCCGGACCCAACGGGACCAACGGACACACCUCUAUGUGGACCAUCUACGCCCUAGCUGCUCUCCUGACUCUGACGGUCAUAGCCAUGGUGGCUAAACUACUCCUGCAUAUUACAGUAAAAUCUCCCAACAUCCCGACCAGCAGUGGUUCAGAGAGCUGCAGUGGACAGAGUGCUGCGUCCGAGCCCUGGAUCAUCUUCUACCGGCCCUCCACUAUCUCCCUCUUCAAGAAAAAGCUAAAGAACCACCACGGAGACCUCAGCCCUCUGGUGGGCAACUAGCGAACUGCAGUCUGGUCUACUAACAUCAUCACCAUCAUGUACCAGGGCCUACUGUACCAGAGCUAGCCACAGAGCUAGCCCCUCUACCAAUGAGACUCUAUGGGGUACUGAGCUACAAAGCUAACAUAAUCACUAAUGACUGAUUCACUGACUCACUGAGUGACUACUACCAAAAGGCCCAAGAGCCAAAUCCCUAAAAGGGAUCCAGACAGGGCUGUCUGUGUCUGCUGUGUACAAGGCAGGAGAGGAGGGCAGCUAUACAGUGUGAGGUGGAUGUUUUACUGUAGGGAACUCAUCUUCUAUGGGUUCCACUUCCAUCGUCCAUGGAUGUCUGAGAGCAUUGGAGUCCUCCUCUAGAGACAAGGGUUGGCUGGGGCCAAAGCAAGCAGUUUCCAUAGGACUCCUCCAGAAUGCAGGCCUUCCAUUGUAACUGUGUGCCGGUGGGGCACAAAAUGUCUGACAAUCUCUCCAAAUUCGCUAACCUGCGAACAACUGAGGGAGCCAUGCAUAUUCCCUAUCAGUGACUGUCAUAGGUGUCUCACAGAACAAGGGGUUGGAUCACAAGGGGUCAGAGUAAGGCCUAGAUUCAAUCAGAUCAAGCGUUAAACAGCGAUAUCUGAUGUUUUGGCGGUGUCAGAGGUGUAACUGUGUCGGAGCAGUCAAAUCGGUUAGCAGGUGCUCUUGAUCAUUGUCACAAAGCCACACCCGCAGCUCGCGUUAGAAGUUCAGAAUGAGAAAGUGUAGGCUAUCUAGAAAUAAUGACACUCAAAUUAAAAAUCAUUAGACGACGAAAGCGUAAUCGAGGUAUAGAUUACAACUCACAUUCCAGUGUUCGAACUUGUUAAGAGGGCUGCAUGGGAUUUCUCUGAAUGAGACUCCGUGCAGCCAAUGGUAACGUCCGCUUUAGGUAUAAUGCCAGGAGCCACUUGUGGAUUUGAACGUUCUAAAGCAGUUCCACCACCGACACUGCUAUCUGGAGGAAACUGUAUCAAGAGUCUCUACCAUGGCUGCUGGUGGAUGAGGGAUGUGGUUUCAUUAAACAACUGCCAUUCAAAAGAGUGUUUGAAAUGCUCAGAGGUUCUCUCUCAUCCGCUCAGCUGCGGUUCUUAUCUUUCUGGUUUAACUAUGUUUAAGUGCCUUAAGGAUCUUAAACAAGCCUGCUUGGCUUCUUUCCCUCUCCCCUCCUCCCCCCUCUUCUCACUGUCUUUCAGUCUAUUGCUUGUGAUCCCCACCCUAUGACAGACUGUCGAUGGGAAUUACUGUAGCGUGGGCGAGACUUGGAAAAAAGGUUUGCUUCAUUUUUUGUAUCUUUUUCUUUCUAUGUGCUCUUAUGCGUAGUCUUCUUGGACAUUACUGAACAUAUUGUUAUCGUUAUGUUGCCAUUUGAUUACAAGGAGGGGGUAAAUUGUGUUGUAUAUUGCGUAAUUCAAUGUGGGGAAUGAUGAUGAUGACAUAUGUCCUGCUCUUUCAUUUUGUGUCUCGGCAAAGCAAUGGCAAAAUCCUUCAAAGUCGUUUUUGUACUUACUCAUCAACUGCCACUUAGCUCGGAGGUUGGAGCACUUUUUUCCCUCCUGUCUUCAGCAGCAGAUUCAUUCCCACAUUCAUAGGGCUCACUAGACCCAAACAUCCUCUCUCAACUUGCAGCUAAAGCACAAAUAAUAUGGAAUGAAUGAAUGAAAGCACUCGUGAUAGUCCACUGUGCAAGGCAAGCAGACUGUUGCAGUCCGGCGUGUUUCUGUGAGCAUUGAGGACACGUGAAAGUUAACAAUGCAUUAAUGUGCCCCUUGAAUAUAGCAGGUUGGAAUUCCAUAAAGAGAGGUUGAACCAUAGAUGAAAUAUAUGUUAAUAUAUAUUACAUUAUACUGUAUAUGUAUAAUAAUGUUAGAAUUCUAUUUCCAUGACUUUGUUUUUCCCAACAAUCUCAAACACAGUGAAAGCUGAUUAAUCUGGUCCAAACGUCAAUGCACUUAAAUUUGCCGCUACUUGUAUGGUGACAGAUAAAUAGUACUUAAAUCCAGUUUGGCUCUUAUUUGCUCUCGAAACCAAAACCGUUUGAAACUGAUGAUAGGAGAUUUGCAAAGUGCAAACUUGACAUUGAGAGCACUUGCAACAAAAGGGUUCAAGUUGAUAUGCAAAAUUGUAUGGAUAGAUUACAUUUUAGGUAGUGUAACUUGGUCAAAAAAUGCUUUAACCUCAUUUUAACAUCCUGUCAUAAACAGCACAUGUUCAACUACAUAAAACAUCAUGUUUUCCCACCCCAAGGGGUUUUUUUUUUACUAUUGUAAGUGCCAAUAAAGUGCCAUUAAAGUAACAGAGUUGUAUAUACUCUAGAUGACGACAAGGGGGCGCUGUUUUGAAGCCACCGCACCUCUAUUUUGGCACUCCCCACUUUUGUAAAAAAAAAUAUAUUUUGGAAGCUAUGGAAAUGCAUUUAUUAACGUCUACAUUUGUUUUUGUCACAUUUAUUCUAUUACAGACACCUUAAUGCAUACUUUUACAUAAAAUUAUGUUUGCUAAACAUAAAAAUUCUAAAUGAAUAAAUAAAUAAAAACAUUUUGCUUAAAGUAUCAUUUUUUAGAAAGCACUAAUGUUACUGUCCUCACUACAACAACACAAAUACUUAAAUACAUGAAAUUGUAUCUUUGAAACAUUUAAAUGAAAUACUGUAGAAUUCCAUUCAUUUCCAUGGAGGACUGCCUUUCUGAGGAGUGCCAAUAUGGCCGACUGGUGGCUUCAAAGCCUUUCAUUUUUCCAAUACAUAGCAGCAGCAAUCCAGAGUUUAUAUACUUCAUUGACUGUAACAGGGUUGAAGUUUUCAUCUUAAAUCAGCCAUGCUUUUGAUGGCCUGUGACAGGGGGAAUGGAAGCUUGUUGUGUGCAACAGGCCAAAAAGAGUUGACCCAGCUCACCUGCCUUUACACUAUGAUUUGACUAUUACAUGUUGAAUGUUUCUUUUGAAAAAAUUAUUUAAAUAGGAAUAGUUUCACUAAAUUAAAACAAGAUUUCAGUUCACGUAACAGGGUUGACCUUAAAAUGAGGGGUAGACAUAUAUUAAUCACUAAUCACAUUAAAUAAAUAAUAAUCUUCAGAAAUAACUCUGUCAAAGCAAGAACAUAAUUAGGGCUUUACAAUGAUGGUGAAAACAUAAUGACAUUUUGUGGUUAAGUGGGUUCAAAUCUUCCUACAAGUCAAAACAACAUGACAAGGGACAUGUAAAAGUGAAGAUUUUUUUUCAAGCGCCGAUUUUUUUCAUUCAUUUCAACAAAAAUCGGAUUUAUUGAAUUGUCCAUGUGGUCUACAUUAAAGGGCACUUCAUUUAAUAUAACAGGCUUUUAAAAUUCAAUAUUGGUGUGCAAUUUCUACUUAAAACAUCAAAGUGGCUGCGUCCCAAAUGGCACCCUAUUCCCAACUAUAUAUAUAGUGCACUACUUUUGAACAGAGUCACAUUGGAAUAAGGUUUAGGAUUUAUCAUAGGUGGGACUUAAUGGAAGGGCCUCAAACUUUUCGUCCUCUCUACUCUGAUGUUUGUCUGCUGGGUGACCUAAUGUUGUAUUUUGGCUGUCUGCUCAUCUGUUACUCAUGUUAAUUAUCGCAGUACAAGUUAUGUUCAGUGCAGUUUGUGCUUAGAGAAAGGGAGACUGUGUGUGUGUGUGUGUGUGUGUGUGUGUGUGUGUGUGUGUGUGUGUGUGUUUUACUAUUUUUGUGAGUACCAGAAGUCCUCACAAGAAUAGUAAACCAAACAUUCAGAGAAGUCCUCACUUGUAAAAAGGCUAUUUUUGGUUUAGGGUUAGGGUUAGAAUUACGGGUUUGGGUUAGGAAUUAGGUUUAGGGUUAUGGGUUAAGGUUAGGGAUUAGGGAAAAUAGGAUUUUGUAUGGGAAUCAAUUGUUGGUCUCCAAAAAGUCCUCACAAGUAUAGUAAGACAUAGAGUGAGCUCCAAAACCUUUGGGACAGUGACACAUUGUUUGUUGUUUUGGCGCUGUACUCCAGCACUUUGGAUUUGAAAUGAGGUUAAAGUGCAGACUGUCAUCUUUAAUUUGAGGGUAUUUUCAUGAAUCAUUUAGAAAUUACAGCACUUUUUUUUACAUAGUCCCCCUGUUUUAAGGGACAAAAAGUAUUGGGACAAAUUCACUUAUGUGCAUUAAAGUUAAGUAUUUGGUCCCAUAUUCAUAGCAUGCAAUGACUACAUCAAGCUUGUGACUCUACAACUUUGUUGGAUGCAUUUGCUGUUUGUUUUGGUUGUGUUUCAGAUUAUUUUGUGCCCAAUAGAAUUUCAUGGUAAAUAAUGUAUUGUGUCAUUUUGGAGUCACUUUUAUUGUAAAUAACAAUAGAAUAUGCUUCUAAAGACUUCUACAUAAAUGUGGAUGCUACCAUGAUUACAGAUAAUCCUGACUGAAUUGUGAAUAAUAAUAAGUGAGAAAGUUACAGAUACAUAAAUAUCAUAACCCCAAGACAUAACCUCUCACCAUUACAAUAACAGGGAAGGUUGGUAUUGGGGGGGGGUGUAAUAUUUGAUCACCUGAUAUGGAUGAAAAUACUCUCAAAUUAAAGCUGACAGUCUGCACUUUAACUUCAUAGUCAUUGUAUCAUUUCAAAUCCAAAGGGCUGGAGUAGAGAGCCAAAAGAACAACAAGUGUAUUGGAGCUCUCUCUCUCUGUGUGUGUGUGUGUGUGUGUGUGUGUGUGUGUGUGUGUGUGUGUGUGUGUGUGUGGUGUUUGGAUAGCCUGGUGAAUAAUAAUACCAACUCCAUUUUCUCCCAUGUCAACCAGACAAUUCCAUGGUACCUCCUUAUAAUAAUAGAAACUGUCUUCUCUUUUCUCUAUCUGCGAUUCAUUCAAAAUGUUACUCGGUACUCUUGUCAUGAUAACAAGAUGAGCAGCUCUGUGUGAUAUGGAGACCAAUGGGUUUUGGGGGAAUACAAAAGAUUGUUUUCAUGAAAAUUGUAAAUAAAUUACUGAAAUUGUAAUUUAUACAGUAAAUUAUUAUUAUUUUGUAUGUGAAUGGGAUAUAAUCUAUGUUUUGUAUAAGUUAAGUAUCUUUGUAGUUUUAUUUAAAUGAAUGUGUCCUGGUUGCUAAAUAAAUUCUGUAUGCAUGUUUCUUA